GGAGGGAGGGAGGGAAAGGGAGAUAAGUGUAGUGCCAGAUGUGCAGUACAUAAAUACCGGCCGCUCUUUAGUUCCUGCCUCCUGAACCCUAGGAAGUUAGAACCAGGGCCAGAGAGAGAAGACUGAGAGUCAGGAAGAGGAGCUGCCUUUCCUGGGUCUGGAGCUGGUUGGUUUGCAGCUAGGGAGCAAUCAGGUGCCAUGUCUUUAGCUGGGGUGAGCUGUCUGGUGACAGGAGCAGGGGGAUUUCUUGGCCAGAGAAUUGUCCGCUUACUGCUGGAGGAAGAGAAGGAGCUGGCUGAGAUCCGAACCCUGGACAAAACCUUUAGCUAUGAGGCACGCAGGAAUUUUACAAAUUUCAAGAGUCAGACUGUGGUGAAGAUCCUGGAAGGGGACAUCCGGGAUGCUAUGUUCUUGAACAGCGCCUGCCAGGGUGUCUCCCUUGUCAUCCAUACAGCAUCCAUCAUUGACACCUUGGGCCUUGUAGAGAAGCAGCUGCUCUGGGAAGUCAAUGUAACGGGUACCCAGCUACUGCUGGAUGCCUGUGUCCACAGUAAUGUCCAGCACUUCAUCUACACCAGUACCAUAGAAGUGACAGGCCCAAACUGCAGAGGGGACCCCAUCUGCAAUGGGGAUGAAGAUACAGCCUACGAGAGCACAUCAGGAUUUCCUUAUGCCCAGAGUAAGAGACUGGCAGAGACAUCUGUGCUGAAGGCAAAUGGCCAGGCGCUGAAGGAUGGUGGCAUCUUCCUGACAUGUGCCUUGAGGUCCAUGUACAUCUUUGGAGAAGAAUCCCCGUUUCUCCAGAAUCACCUGGAUAAAAGCCUCUUGAAUAAAAAUGUCUACCUGCGGAUUUCUAGGAAGGAGGCUCUGGUGAAUCCUGUAUAUGUGGGAAACAUUGCAUGGGCUCACAUCCAGGCGGCUAAAGCCCUGAGGAACCCGGAAAAAGCCAAGCAUGUCCAAGGGCACUUCUACUACAUCUCUGAUGACACUCCUCACAUGAGCUAUGCUGACCUAAAUUAUGAGCUGACCAAGGAGCUGGGGUUUGGGAUUGAGCCCCACCCGCCCAUGCCGCUGAUGAUGCUGUACUACUUUGCGCUACUGCUGGAGAUUGUGAGCUUCCUGCUUAGGCCCUUUGUCAAAUACAUCCCCUCCACCAACCGUCACCUUGUGAUCUUGCUGAACACGCAGUUCACAUUCUCCUACGGGAAGGCAUGGCGGGAUUUUGGCUACGUGCCCCGCUACAAAUGGAAAGAGGCCAAGCAGCGCACCAACCAGUGGAUUGCCUCAGUGAUUCCGCAAAGGAGGGAGUACCUGAAAAACAAGGCUGCCUAAACCGGAGAGAAGCUGAAGCAUGGCAUGACGAGCAGGCCCAUGAGCCACAGGUGAGCUGGAGGAAUUGCAGUAAAAAGACAACAAAGCAUUGAAAUGUGAAAUCUGUGUAAUGAAAAAUUGGAAUGAAUAAAGAAUAUGAAACUCUUCA